AGGUUCUCAGUUUUUGUUCUACCGUCGACCCGAGCAGAAGUGUGGAGUUUUGGCUACGUACCAAGUUUGAAAAGCGCGCGCGCGGAUUUUUUCGUUUCUUUUUUCUUUCACUCCACCACGCGUCGACGGAAACGGAUUCAAAUAUCCGCGAUCCUGAGAAUUGACCUUUGAGUCAGCCGUUACAGCACUAGCAAAAGGUACUAUUUGCUCAUUCAAAUAGAUAAGUAGUAACGCGAGCAAAUCAUUUCGGUUGCUAGUUGUUUAACCAACGAGUGCGGUCAAGUUCACGGUCGAAGAAACGAAGUGAAGAAGUCAACGAAAAGUUCACAACUCACCUGGCUAGUUAGGAAUAAUGGUGUCACGCCAUGUCGCUACUUUGUUAGUUCUGCUGGCCGUGUUAGCUCGCGUUUCCGGUGCCGAUCUUCAAGUAACGAAUACCACUAACGUGAACGAUGCUACCCCCGAUUCUCCGUAUGAAACUCAAACCGCCCAAUGUACCAUAACGUCGGGCGAGGUGGAAGCAAGUGCCCAGGCGACUAUCAGCAAAACUCUGGUUGGCGUUUGCGGAACUGAAGAAAUGCUGGCUGCAUUCCGCACUCUUGAAGCCAAACUAAUAUCGGAGAUAAUGCACAUCCGUCGUAUGCUCAGAGAUUCCACGUUCGAACCUCCCCCAUCAACACCAUCAGUGUACAAAGCCAUCCGACAAACCGAUACCCAGCUGGGGACGGCUUCGGGAACAAAACUGGCCACCAGAGAUCCUCCUCCGACAUCGCCUGCUGGGGCCAGUACCGUCAGUACCACAAGCACAACCACGGCUAAACCUUCGACAGGAGAAUUCAUGUUUCCCGACGAUGACGACGAAGAUUACGAUGAAGAUCGACGAUUUCCCAGCAAGGACAUGAAGAAGGACCUGGCAUCGGUAAACCGGCGUCCUGUGGCCCCGCUCGUCCGAGUCGGUGACAAUGCCGAGCAGGACGAUAAAACGACCAAGUCUUCCAGUUCACCGGUUUUGGAUUUUAAGCCCAUCGAUAAACCUGUGCAGACCAGAUUUUUAACGGGAGGUCUUCGGGACUACGAAGUGUACCGUUUCAACAACACCGUCGUUUCCAGUGGUGACGCCAAGGUGUUCAAGUACUUCUGGAAGAUAGAACGCUUCACAGAGCGGCUACAGUCUAAUGUCAGCAUUCUUACUAGUCCGGUAUUUGUAAUAUCGGGGUUGAAUUUGCGCAUCAAGGCUACGCUCAACCACGACGGGAAGGAUCACGUCUAUAUCCAGCUGGAACAGCUCUCGCCCAUGGAUGAUGAACUACGGAAAAAGCCUAACGUGAUUCUUCAAGAGGGCUCUUUGUACGGAGAGGUGGAAACCAAAAAGUUCCUUCGACACAAGAUUAUUAUGCUCAACCAGGGUGUGCCAUUCAGUGAUCUCAACUCACAUGAGUUUUGGAAUACCAAUACCGGUUUUGCCAUACCAUACCGUGCCUUGCUAACCAAUUCCUAUCUGAAGCAGGACAAAAUACUCGUCGAAGUGGUUAUUUACUUAUAGAGUCAGACAUUAAUCGUGACUGAGUCAAUACGUCAUUUGCAUUAUCAUAUUAUUUUCUUAGCGUUUUCAAUAGAUAUAUUAUGUAAGUAUGAAAAUAAAAAUGAUAAGUUUUCAACAAA